AUGCGCGCGGCGCUCCUCGCGGUCGCGCGUCGCGUGCCCUCGCGAGUCGCGUCGGCUUCUGCACGCGGCCGAGAUGUCGCGACGACCGCCGGCGCCGGCACCCGCGACUCGCCCUUCGACCCGGCGGCGGAGGACGCGCCCGUCGUUGACAUCGCCGAGCUCCAAACCGGGGCGGUGUUCACCCGUCGCCGUGCGUUCACCGCCCACGACGUCGCCUCCUUCGCGUCCCUGGCCGGUGACCACAACCCCAUACACGUCGACCCGGACGCCGCGACUGCCGCGGGCUUUCGCGACGGCCCGGUGGUUCACGGCAUGCUGUGCGCGUCCAUGUUCUCCGCCAUCAUCGGCACAAGGUUCCCGGGCGCGGUGUACGCCACGCAGUCCCUCGC